AAACCGUACAGUGAGGCUUGUUCUUUCGCGGUUCACGUUCCUCAUAGUUAUUCCAGUCUGACAGUUGAGAAGUAACAUGAACCGCGAACGGCUUCACGAUACUCUUGAUUCAUUUGAUUCUAUUUUAUCUAUAUGAUUAUUAAUUUCUCUAUGUGCGUUGAUAUUAUCAGUAGUUGUUUUUAAUUGUUCCCAUUUCGCGGUUUAAUGACCCCUUCAACCCUAUAAUUUCACCGUCAUAAUGAUUAUGAACAUCGAUUAAAUUGCGGAUUAUGUGUGGGUGAUAUUCAAGUGUUUUUUUUCUCUUUUUUCUAUACCGCCGUCAUAUAUACUACAGUUUCAGUAAUAUCAGUUUACCAAGGAUUUCCUUAUAAAUAGAAAGUUGAAUAUAUUAAAAUAUUGUUUGGAAAAAAAAUCAGAUAUUAGUCUUGUAUAGUUAACAAGAAAGAAAAGAAAAAAAAAUCUGUCGCAAUGGCAGAAUAUUGUGAAUAUCUUUGGGAUCCCUUACGUGGCCACUCGAGUACUGCUCUUGCCCGUAGUCUUUAUGAUGAACAAUCGAGAAUCAAUAAGGGUGAUAAGAAACUUGCGAUAAAGACUGUUAGGGCCAUACUACGUGAUAUGCCUGGCGUUGAUUUAACGCUUUGCAACGAUGAAUACAUUACACGCUUCCUGUUGGCCCGGAAGUACAGAACUGAACAAGCGGCUGCACUGAUAGUGGCUUAUCAGGCACAAAUUGCACACAGACAAGAUAUUUUUGGUAAUCUCACAGCUCGCGAUCCUGCAUUGCAACGUGCACUUAGAGCCGGUAUUCCUGGCGUUCUUCCCGCUCGUGACAAAAAGGGCAGGUGUGUUUUGCUCAUCCUAGCAUCACAAUGGGAUCCAAUUGCUGUUCCUGCAUUGGCAGUGCAACGGGCAAUUUUUUUAGUCUUAGAAAUUCUUAUUCAAGACCCCAGAAAUCAGCAAUCUGGAUUUGUGGCUGUGGUUGAUUGGGGUAAUUUUUCCCUGAGACAAGGUGGAGCUUUAGGAGCGGCAGCACUGCGAAAUUUGGUGGCUGCACUGAGAGGAAGAUUUCCUGCUAGAUUUAAAGCAAUUCAUUUUUUAUCGGCUCCACUUUAUGUUCAAGCGACACUAGCUCUUGUUAAACCAUUUCUCGAUGAAAAAACACGAAGCAAAAUAUACUUGCAUGGAAAUAAUUUGAGUACUUUGCAUCAGCACUUGCCAACUGAUAUUUUACCAGCGGAAUUGGGUGGAACUGGUCCAGCAUUUAAUCCAGGUCUUUGGGCCGAACCUGUUAUUCAUUCAGCAAUGAAAGAAGCUGAGUUGGCUAACACGAAAAGAGACAAAGAGUCCUCGAAUGAUGUGAAUAACCUCAGAAAUUCCCAGGAACAAUCAAGGACGCAGGAUCAAAAGCAUUACGAAUUUUCAGACAACGCAAAAAAUGAAAUGAAUCGAACAGAAUCCGAAGAACCUGAUUCUGUUUUUGAAAACGAGAAAAACUUGAAUUACUCCAAGGCACAAAUUUUAAAUUUAAAUGGGAACGGUUCGGAAAUGAAGAAAAUAAAAGCAUCAGUUUUAGAAUCAAUUCACAAUAAUUCGAGGAAAAAUCAGGAAAUGCAAUUAUUGAUAAAUGUUGAGGCAUUAGAUAAAAAUCAUCGUGGAUUAUCAAUAAAUCAUAAAAAUAGAAAGUCAUUUGAGGAGCAGGAAGCUGAAAAUUCCGAGUGCUUAAGUUUUAGAUCAGAUACAAAUUCGAAUGAAUUUGAAAUGGUGCCGAGUCAAGCAGAUAGCGAGGAUAAUUCUCUGGAAAUGAAAGUUGAAAAAAUUGUCAUUCGAACUGGAAAAGGUGAACCACUUCCGGAAGAAGCUAAUUUAAUAGCAUAAAGCGAAGAAAAAAAAUUAGAUGAAAAAAAAACACAUUUUUACAUGACAUUUGAAUGUAUUUUCAAAUUGAAAAUUUCUUUUUUGAUACUUGAGAAGAAAAAAAGGAGAAUAGAGAAGAAUUUUUUCUAUAAAUCUCUCUUGAAGAGAAUUUAUAAAUUCUCUUAAUUAUUAUGAAAAAAAUAAUUUUUUAAUUAAAUUUCGAUUUUCGAAAUGUGUUUAAAUUUUGAUGAGAGAGAAAAUCACAUAAAAUAUUAAGGAAUAUUUUGUAUACCACUGGAAUUAUUAAUAUAUUUCUACAGUCUACUAUUGAUAAAAUAAAAGUCUAUAUAUAGAAAAAAAUUUACAAGCAAUUUCAUGAUUCGGGGAAAUUUGAUAUUUAGAACAGAAAUGACAAGAUUGUAAAAGAAUCAUGAAUUCAUUAUAUUUAAAGUUUAACUACUCUUCUCAUAAAAAUUUUGCCAAAAAAGAAAAAGCAAAUAAACAAAAGGACUUUUUUUGAAAAUCACAUUGAACAGUAUUCGCCCCUUAUACAGGCCUCAAAAUUUUCUCAAAAUAUACAGAAACCGUCCUUUUUUUUCAUCGACAAAAAAAAAUUCGUACAGGAAUUAAAAUAUUUACCAAAAAAAAAUUUUUUUGAUAAUUUUAAUAGUGAAUAGUAUCUGCCAGAUCUGAAGAGCUCGUAACUUUUAGAAAUUUAGAAUAUAUAUAUGUAAAAUAAGAUCAUUGUGAUUGUAUAAAAAAAAUAUUUUUUAGACUUAAUAAAUUUUGCACCAAGAAAA